AUGUUAAUUCAAAAAUCGGCUAAUUUUCAUAAUAACAUUAUUCAUGAAACCAAGAUUUCGAAAACUCAAAAGAUCUUGGAUUAGAAGUAUUAUUCAAUUGAAAUUCAUAGGUCGUUAGUACAAGCAAUAAGAAAUGAGAAGUUUCUUUCCUUUAUUAAAACUGAAAAUUUAGAAAAAUAAUUUCUUCUAAAUUUAUCAACAGAUUAUAAAAAUACUAUUUGGUUUUGA